GCGAGAAGCGUGCUCUUUAUGCGAGCUACCGGAGCGAGCUGCUGACCAUCAACUCAGCGCAAGAGGUCUCGGUGAACGUCAGCUCCAAAAAUCCAGGGAGCGAAAUUGACGACCAAGAUCUUCUGCAAGAGAUCAAGAAUGAUGUCGAUAGAACUCGGCGGGACUUUGAAUAUUUCCGCCGCCCUGCCACGAAAGCAGCACUGGUGGCCCUGCUCUUCGUGUAUGCCAAGCUGAAUCCGGGCGUCCGGUACGUGCAAGGCAUGAAUGAGAUUGCCGCAGUCCUGCUUUACGUCAUGUCGGCCGAAACUGAUCCAGAGACAGAUGCAUUCUGGUGCUUCAGCGAGAUGAUGGCAGAGAUCAAGGAUGGCUUCAUGCAGGCCUUGGACCACAGCGGCGAAGGCGUGUAUGGCAUGGUGGAGGAGAUCUCACAGAUGCUCCGAAGCUAUGAUGCGCAGCUCGCAAGGCAUCUUGCUCGCGCGGAGUUGUCCCUGUUUGUGUUCGUGCUGCGAUGGUGCACGGUGCUCUUCGCUCAGGACGCAACGCUUCCUGAUGUCCUCCGGUUAUGGGACUCUUUCAUCGCGGACCCGAACAGAUACGGGUUUGUGGUGCAUGUGUGCGUUGCCGUCAUCCUUGGCAAGCGGGAAGAGCUGCUUGCAACAGACAAGCAGUUCGAGCUCGCCGAGGCGUGCCACGAGAUCUAA